AUGGCCAUUGCAUGGCGACGAAGGGAUCUUCAUGCCCUCUUCGCCGCAAAGAUCGAGCCUGGUCGGCGUCAAUAUUAUGCGGACAAGAUCCGCCACCUUCGAAUCAUCUACCUUGAGAGUAUGGAUGAGCGGCUUCAGACUCUAUCAUUCCGCAAGCUCGAAUCCGUGAGGAUUGGUGUACCAUCAGAUGAGGAGGCCUUGCCAUCUACUGAAGCGUGGGUACAUAGCCUACUAGGACCCUCACUUCGCUCCUUAGUUCUGCGCUCAGAAGAGAUGAUUCCUCCAGAUCUACCCGUCUCCUUGGCAAAUCUUUGUCCAGGCCUAGAAACGCUCCGAAUCAAUUUGCGAGAGGACGAUCCAAGCUCAGUCCUCAUGCUCGUAGAGAUCGUCGAAGCUCUGCCACGACUUCGUGAGCUCAAAGUCGAAUCGCGACUCCAUCCCCCUACGUCAACAUCAACAGAGCGGAAGCUUUGCUCCCCUCUAGCGCUCUCUCAUCUCGAAUCGCUGGAAUUUGGAGGGAUCAUUCCAGACCUCGCGCCGACUUCUUCGCAGUUUCCACGGCUCAGGUUGCUGCAUGGUGAAGCGACGCUUCCCACUUUACUUCGCAUUGGUAUGGUUAUGCCACAACUGGCCCAUCUUGACUUGUUACUUCCACCUAGAUAUGUCACCGAACCACCUACAUUGGUCAUCGCCCCUUUGCGCUCCUUAGUCAAUCUGGAGUCCUUGACGCUUCGAGUGCAAGGAGAUGCACCCCUAGAAAGCAAGGAUCUCGAGGCUCUGGGGAGAUUUCGCAACUUAUCUCGUCUCGAGAUCGGAGCGAAGGGAGGUGGUAAGCGUAGAGUGGCCGCGCCAGACUUUACAGACGAGACGCUGUGCAGAAUUCUCCUGUGCUUGCCUCGAUUGGAGUAUCUCGAACUAAGGCUACGGCACCCAUCAGGAGGCCAAGCUCUUCUCACUCUUGUUAAGCACUGCCCGAAGCUACGGGUCGUAGUCAUGCCAGGCCAUUACGAUCUAGCGCUCUUUUUCUCUCUACCGCAGCAGCCUGCUGUUCCGGACUUGGUAACUCUGUGCGUCGCAUCUUUGUUCUUCGGACACGCUCGACCAGGCUACCUGAUAUCUCGCACAGAGUUCAGGAUGAUACACGAAGUGCUGGCUCAGCAUGCUCCGAAGCUAUCUUAUACUAGCUUUGUGGAUCCAUGGUGGGAAAUCGGCAAACGUCUGAACGCCACGCUUCGUAAAGGCUGGGAUGCUCUAUGCGGUUGUGGGGAGCUGGGCGAGGGUCACAAACAAAUCGAUCAUAUUUGCGAACCCGAAGAUUCCAGGGAUUGA